AGUUUAGUUUACCUUCAUCUCUCAACCGAGUAACAUCUUGAUCCUUUUCAUUUGUUAUUUCUUGUGUUACCUUUACCUUUUAUCAUCCUCAUCAUCAUCUCUCCUCUGGUGAUCAUCCUCAUCAUCUCUCUGUAGUAUUUAACUUACUCUCUCUGUAUUUUUAUCUUCACUUGAUCUUCAAUCAUCAAUCGAGACACACUGACCUCCAAUUCACAACAAACUUUAAUUUGGUGAACAUUUCAAUUUUCUUAAUCUUCUCAUCUCGUUAAUCUUGUGAAUUAUCAACCAAUUAAAUCAAAAUGGUGGAUAAACAUACUACUGUGUCUGAACGUGUCACCAAAUAUCAUCAUAAUCAUCAUCAUCAUCAUUCAGUUCCUUUGGAAGAUACAACCAAUAGGAACAUUUUGAGGAUUAAACGUGAAAGAAGACGACAAUUAAGAUUAAGGGAAUAUCAAAAUCUUUGUAAACUAAUCCCAUCUCUUAAUGGAUUAAAUAUUGUUCCAAAGGUUAAAAUAAUUAAUGAAGCAGUUAAAUACAUCGAUGAACUUCAUCAACAAUUAAUAAUUAAAUUAGCCAAAGAAGGCUCAUCAGAAAGUGACAUCAAAGCAUUUAAGGAUAACUGGAUCAAUGCUAAAUGUCAAUUGCAAGUACAAAACAACAACACCACCACCACAUCAACACCCACCAAUAUGAACACAACAACGACACCAACCAUCACCACCCACAACAACAACAACAUCAUCAUCACCGACACAUCCCUGUGUAAAAAACAGUUUGAUAAACAGUCAAAGUUAAAACAAUUAACACAAUUGUAAUUUAAACUAAUUCUGCAUAUAAAGUAUAUCCUUUUUUAUUUACUAUUAAUUAUUAUUAUUAUUUUGUAUUAACCUGAUGAAAUUUUUGUAUACAUAAUAAAUUAAUUGUAUAAAUUGAUUAUCAAUCAAUUAAUCCAACCAAUCAACACGAAAAGUGCAAAAAAAUCAAUAAAAGAAAUGAACUUUUGUAUUCAAAGGAAAA